CGUCGCUUCUUUUCGUCAAGCCAGCGCCAUGGGUUUGCUUGUUCACAUCGAGAACAGCAGCCUCGUGAGCACAUCGACAGAUUGAUAUUCCGCCAUGGGGUGCAGCCAGUCCAAGUCCGCCGACGUAGCCAAUCCCACCGCUGCAGCUCCAGUCGCCACUCCGAAGAAGGCGGAGCCUGUGGCUGUCGAGCAGAAGACCACUGAGUCCCCCAAGGUGGAUGAGAAGGAGCCCAAAACGGAGGAAGAUGAUCACGUGGACGAGGCCCCCAAGACGCUGGAGCCCGUCGCGCCUGUGAUUGACACACCUGCGCCGCCCGCAACCGAACAGGCACCCAGCUCGACUGCCGUCGAUGUUCCUGACAGUGUGCGCGCCAACUUCUCGUCCUUCAACAUCUCAUUCAUCGACCCGACGGUGAGCGCACCCACAAGCGUCUCGACGGAGCCCAACGUGGCGUCCACCAGGGUGGCUGUAUUUUCGGAGAAGGGACCCAAGGAGGAGGAGAAAAAGUUUGAGGAUCCUGCUGUUGAGGAGGAGAAGGUUGAGGAGCCUGUUGCUGAGCACGCUGCACAGCCGACUGUUGAGGCUGAGUCUGUAGAGAAGAACGAGGAGCCGGUUGUUGAUGAGAAGGUGACUGAACCUGCCGUUGUGGAGGUUGAGUAUCCUACGAUCGAGCAGGCUAUUGCCGAGAAUGUCGACGAGGCGAAGGUAGUCGCUGACCCUGUUGAGAAAGUUGAGGAAUCUGUCGUAGAGACCAACGCCGUCGAAGAACACACUGCUGAGCCGGCGGUGGAGGAGAAGAGUGAUGAGCCUGUUGAAGAGAAGAGUGAGGAGGUCAAGAAGGAAGAAGUUGUGGCUGAGCCUGUCGUAGAGAAGGUGGAAGAGCCCAUUGUUGAAAAGGUUGAAGAGCCCACUGUUGAGAAGACAGAGGAGAUCACUACCGAGCCUACUGUUGAGAAGGUGGAGGAGGUUGUUGCUAUACCUGAAGAGGACAAGAGGGCCGAAGAGCCUGCGGUUGAAGAGGCUGCCGAGUCCGACGAGACGAUUGCCGAUGCGAUUGUUGAGGUGAAAGAGCCAGUUGCGACUACCGAGGAGUCUGUUGCGACCACCGAAGAGGUUAAGGAACCAGUUGAGACUGAUGAGGUUAUUGUGGAGCCUGUUGCUGUUGCUGCUGCUCUCGAGAAGGCUGAGAUAUCGGCUGAAGUUGUCGAGGAGACUGCCACUGAAGUUGAGGAGCCUACCGCUCCUGUGGCUAACGAAGUUGCCGAAGCUGCUCCCGUUGAGGCUGCCCCCGUUACCUCAAAGGAUCCAGUCAGUGAGGAAGAACCCACUGCCGCUGUCGAGGAACCUGUGGAGGAGAUCGCCCCGCCUGUUGUGGAGGAGAAUGUGGUCGAACCGGUUGUGGAGACAGUGCCUGAGCCUGCCGCACAGACCACUGAGAAGGUUGUCGAUCCCAUCUCGGAAAAGACUGCCGAACCGGUCGCUGAGGAGAAGGCUGUCGAACCGAUUGUCAAGGAGAAGACUAUCGAGCCUGUCGUCGAGGAGAAGACUGUCGAGCCUGUCGUCGAAGAGAAGGUGGUGGAAGAGGAACCCGUCGACCAGAUCGUCGAGGAAACGACUAUUGCACCCGUCGUGGAGGAGAAGGCUGCUGAAUCUAAUGAGGAGAAAUCGGCUGAUCAGGUUAGUGAGAAGACUGUCGAGCUCGUCGAGGACAAGGAGACUACCGAACCGAUCAUUGAGGAGGAGACUAUCGAACCGGUCGAGAACAAGAUUGUCGAGCCUAGCGAAGAGAAGGAGACUGCUGAGGCCGUCAUUGAGGAGAAGGUUACUGAGACUAUUGCGGAGAAGCCAGUCGAGCAGGUCGCUGAGAAGGAGACAGUUGAGCCUGUGGUGGUGGAGAAGCAGCAAGUCGCUGUGGAGAAAACUACUGAGUCCGUAGUGGAGAAGAAGGUUGCUAAGGCGGUUGAUGAGAAGGUCGAGGAGCCCGCUGAGGAGCCCGCCGUCGUUGACCAGACCGUAGCUACCGUCAAGGAGCCUGUCAUUGAGAAGUCCGUUGAGCCUGUCACUGCUGCCGAGAAGUCUGUCGUAGCAGACAACCAGACUGAAGCUGUGGAGAACGAGUCGGACGGUAGCACCACGUCUGAAGACGGAGCUGAGGCUGAAGACUUGGGUAUUGAAGAGCCUAAGUCUGUUCAAGAGCCCGUGGCUGCCCCCGUCUCGGUGAAGAAAGAAGUGACCGAGCCUGAGGUGGAGGAGACGAAGCCUGCCAAGGAGUUUGUGGCCUCCAACUAAGUAUGAAAUCCGCUGAAACGCGAGCACAGCGACCUCGUGAGUAGGUCAACUAUUCAUUUUUGGUAAAGUAGGACUACAGGUGAACACCACCGCAGACCUCGAUGUAGAUACACAUGUAGGAACGUGCAUAUAGACACACAAGACUCCUUUGCACGACACAUUAAGUUAGUUAUAUGUGGAUUGACUCUCGUACAUUACGCAGCUCCUGACGUUGCUGAUCGAGAUGAUCGAAGGAGACGCUCGUUUUGGUCCGAGUUGGACUCGUCUGUGCUGCCAUUAACCGCUUCGUUAUUGCAGUCAGCGUUCGCAUGGCGACGCAAUAAGCUGCCGUAGCCUAAGGAGAAUGUGUGCGAGAAGUCUCGCUGCUUGAUGGACUGCCACAGCUUUACUGACAAAUUCGUAGCUGCGAUACUGACACACGAACGUGGUGGCUCCCCACAGCGAGCGUUUUGUGCUAUGGCAUUUCGAAGCAACUUGAUGAAUUCCUUUUUCUUCUGCUCGCUCUCGCAGUGUACAAUAUACUGCCGCGCGUUACGGUUUAGUCUUGGUUGAGGCGGCGACGGCGUAUCCAAAGAAUCGCCUUCGGCUGUUAGUUGUGAGGUGCUUCUCGAAAGGGAAUACCGUCUCUUAACGGGUCUCUUAAGUGUACUCGGACUCAAGUUAUGGCAAUUGCAACGCCCAGUCUUCGAUGCCAGAAGGGCGAAGGACUUUGUACUCGAAACGGGGCCAUCGGCAUCAUCGUCUGUCUCCUGAGCUUCAACUACUGUAGCACACGAAAGACAAAUGUGUCGACGAACACGCAGAUAGGAGUUGCUUCGUCGAGCUAUUAACAGCGCAUCUGACAACAGGAUAACGCGUUGUCGGUCUUUGUUGCGCUCUUGGCCAUUUGAGUUGAGACUGUCUCUCAAAGCAGACUCUUCUCUCUCGCUCUCACUGUUAGCUGCAAGUAGCUCCAUCUCGCUGUUCACACUAGACGUAUCGCAGUGGGGCUGUUGAGUCGACCUGUUCUGAUCAAACCUUGUGGAACGCAAGUGGAGCACUCGGGCUAAACGUGCUCUCCGAUCCAUCACCUGCACAGCUGCUGGCAUUUCAUAAAGCAGUUUACGCCCCGGACGUAACAGCUCCAACUUGGAGGAAAGCUUGGCGUUGUCGAUGCUGUCAUUGAUAGACAGCAAACGUACGUUGUGCUCGGCGUCUCGGACACGAGCGUUGACGAGAUCAGAGACGCGCUGAACGCUCUCCAACGCCUCCUUCGCCAG